UACAUUCCCGCGAUGCCGGGACAUCGGAUCGCCUUUCGAACGGAGAGAUGGUUCGGCCCACAUCCCAUAAUUGGCAAGCCUUGCGCUCAGAAUAGUUUCCCACCGCUCUCCGGGCGGACACCAGCAUACUUGCCCUCUAAAAUCAGUGGACAUCGAGUCGUGGACUUCGGGCAAAGGCAGCUAUUACCAUCCAAGAAAUCAUCUUAAAGUUUGUGAGAAAAAAACUGUUCUCUGUCAGGUGAGGUGGUCGUCCUCAACAACCGAGGGAUCUGCUACUCAGGACUAGGGUCGUGCGUCCGUGAGGAUCCGACGUGCAGGCAGAGGACGCCAUACAAGUGACAGGCAUUCCUCCUCCCACCCUCCGAUAUUUUGGGCUGUGCACAAUUUGUAACCGGCAAACAUGAAGCUCAGAUUAAGGCACUUGUUGCUGCUUCUCCUAGGAUUCCUCCUAGUUGUACCUGACGGUAUGGGUGUAAGAGCUCAGGAUGACGACGAUGAUGAUGACGACGAUGAUGAUGAUAUUGAUAACGAUGAUGACGACGACGACGACGAUGAUGAAGAUGGUGAUGAAGAUGAUGAUGAUGAUGAUGAAGAUGAUGAUGAUGGUAUAGAAGACGACGAAGACGACGAAGAUGAUGAUGAUGACGAUGAUGAUGAAGAUGAUGAUGCUGACGCUGAUGAUGACGACGACGACGAUGAUGAUGAUGACGAUGAUGAUGAUGACGACGAUGAUGAUGAUGAUGAUGAUGACGAUGAUGAAGAGGACCACGAGAAAAACUCCCUUUGUAAUUACAUCUGCGAUAGCUGCGACUUCUGUGAAUUCUGCGAUAGAUGUCCCUGCCGAAUCAAUGACGAAGAAGAGUACUGCGACAAGUGCAAGUUCUGCAGAUUCUGUGGCGUCUGUGAAACCUUCUGUGAGAGUUACGGGUGCACGCCUGGGUCAUUCCUGGACAAGUUCACAUCGACUGUCUUCGAAAAAAUCGAUAAACACGUCAUCGACCUUGAUGACGACGACGAUGACGACGACGAUGAUGAUGACGAUAAAGAUGAGCUAUAGAAGAGUCUUCACAUCCUGACUUUAGAGUUUUAUUUCAAACAAACACCAUGAACCCUGGUCAAUGUGAUAUUACAGGAACAAGUAUUGGGAACAUCUUAAUGUCAAGACAUGUCUUCUAUCUGAAGACUCAAAUGACUUAUUGGGAGUUGGUAGAGUCUAAUUCUAUAAGCCAGCAUAUUUAAGGGGAACCCAUUCGUUGAAGACAGCUUUCGAAUAUUUGCAAAAUAUACGGAAUUUCACCAAUCAUAAACUUCUGCCACGAGCAAUUGCCCUCUUUGUGAAAAUGGAAAACAAUCUAGCAUUCAUGGCAAUUUCAACGUCUACCAGGAAGACUUCAGGAUGUAAACAUUUUGAACAGAGUUCAAGUCAGAAUCUUCCUGAAAAGUUUGCAAGUUUUAGUACCCAAGUGGCUAAAUACGACAUCAAAGUAUACUUGCAUUGUGAGCUGAAUCUGAAGGCUGUUGAUUACUCCCCUUUGCUUGAAUUUCCACCACAGGAAAACGUGCUUGAUGUGAAUCUCAGGGCGACUUAUAACGUUAGAAUGCCAGCAGUAUUGUAAGUCACCUAUAGCAAGGCUGCAUGUAAGAAAAGAAGUCAGUAUAGGUACACGGAUUUGACAGUGUUGGUAGAAGGCAUGCUGUAGAGCAGUUUGAUACUGGACCAGAUUCUAAAAGAAAUCGAAGCACUGACUUUCCUGUGAAACAUGCUUCUUGAGGCAGUAUUUCUGUACAUUUUGGUGCUACCUGUGGACUGUUUAUUUUCUGUGUGAAUAAAUGGCACUUUUUACAACUUAA